GCCUCGGUGCGGGUUUGGUCUCGUUUGUCCCACUUCGCCUUCCGUACCAAGAAAGGGGCGGAGAGUGAGAGGGGGGUCACGAAGGCGUUGCAUGCUGGGAAAACACGUGUAGCCGUUGACCAGAGAGGUGACCCGUGGGAGUUUUGCCACCAUGUCGUCCAAAAAGAACCAGGACGGAGAUGAGCGCUUCCACCGGGUGCAGAAGGACCCCCGAUUCUGGGAGAUGCCCGAGAGGGAACGCAAAAUCAAGAUCGACAAGCGCUUCCAGUCCAUGUUCCACGACAAGCGCUUCAAGGUGAAGUACACGUCGGACAAACGAGGCCGACCCAUCAACCAGACCUCCACGGAGGACCUGAUGCGCUUCUACAACGUCUCUGACUCGGGGGAGGAGGAGGAGGAGGAGGAGGGGGAGGGCGGCGUGAAGAGCGAGAAGGUGGUGGAGGGCAAGAAAAAGCAAAAAGGGAAGGAGAAGCUGGUGAAGAAAGGACGAGCGGUGGAGAGGAGCGACGGUGCAGGGCCGCCCGGACGCGGGGUCGUGGUUACUGAAGAAGAAGAGGAAGAUGAUGAUGAUGAUGACGGGAAGCAAACUGGAGCAGCACAUCCUGCAGAGGAUGAUGAUGAUGUUCGAGUAGACAGUGGCACAGACGACAGUGGAGAUGAUGAAGACUCGGGCGAUGACGACGAUGAUGAUGAUGAUGAGGAGGAGGUCGGCGUGGCGAGCGGCUCAGAUUCGGAGGAGGAGUCCGGUCUGGACUCGGAGGAGGAGAGUGACAGCGAGCCGGAUCUGGCCCGAGGAAAAGGAAACGUGGAGACCAGCUCAGACGAGGACGACGAGGACGAAGUCAAGGCCAUCCUGAAGAAAGAGGAGGAGGAGAUCGAGCACGACUGGGGCGAGCUGGCCAAAGACGCUCCGCGGAGCGACGAGGUUUCUGCCCGACUCGCCGUCUGCAACGUGGAGUGGGACCGGAUCAAAGCCAAAGACCUGCUGGCUCUGGUCAACUCCUUCGUGCCCAAAGGAGGAGCCGUGCUCUCCGUGAAGGUCUACCCGUCGGAGUUUGGGAAGGAGAGGCUGAAGGCGGAGGAGACUCAGGGGCCGAUGGAGCUGAGACCUCUGCCCGAGGACUCGGAGGACGACAACGAGGAGGAGAGAGGUCACCGGGAGAAGAUGCGUAACUACCAGUUCAAGCGCCUCAAGUACUUCUACGCCGUGGUGGAGUGCGACUCCACCGCCACCGCCGCCAAGAUCUACGAGGAGUGUGACGGCUACGAGUACGAGAGCAGCUGCUCCGUGCUGGACCUCCGGUUCAUUCCCGAGGGCGAGACGUUUGACGAGGAGCCCAGAGACGUGGCGACGGACGUGAACCUGUCGGCCUACACGCCCAAACUGUUCACCUCCGCCGCCAACGCCACGUCGAAGGUGCAGCUGACGUGGGACGAGACGGACAACGACCGGGUGACCGCCCUCAACAGGAAGUUCAACAAGGACGAGCUGCUGGCGAUGGACUUCAACGCCUACCUGGCCUCCUCCAGCGAGGAGGAGGAGGAGGAGGAAGGAGGCGGGUUCGAGUUUGGAGAUCCGCAGAGCGAAGACGGCGCCCCAUCAGCCGAGACGGAGGAACCCAUUCAAACGUCCGGAGGAGCAGAGAAGAAGAAGAAGAAGAAGAGUAGAAGCGAGGAGCAGAUCUCCAAGUACAGAGAGCUGCUGAAAGGCAUCCAGGCAAAGGAGAAGAAGCUGCAGGAGGACAAAGACAUGGGCAUGGAGGUCACCUGGGUGCCAGGCCUGAAGGAGACGACGGAGCAGCUGGUGAAGAAGAAGCUGGAGGGGAAGGACCAGAUGACGCCCUGGGAGGGCUUCCUGCAGAAGAAGAAAGACAAGAAGAAGCAGAAGAAAUCUGACAGAAAAGAGGGAGAGGACGAGGAAGAGCUGAGUGAUGAAGACCUUCCUUCAGACGUGGAUCUCAGUGACCCCUUCUUCGCAGAGGAGCUCGCCGCUGCAGACAUGAGGAAGACAAAGGAGGGGAAGAAGAAGAAGAAGAAGAAUCAGGAGGAAGAGGAGCGGACAGCUGAGGACGAAGAGGAGCGGGAGAAACAAGAGGCUGAGAUGGCUCUGCUGAUGGAGGACGAAGGAGACGAAGCCAAACACAAACACUUCAACUACGACAAGAUCGUGGAGCAGCAGAACCUGAGCAAGAGCAAGAGGAAGAAGCUGCUGAAGAAGAGCAAGGAGCCGCUGGAGGGCGACGACUUCCAGGUGGACGUCAAAGACCCUCGCUUCCAGGCCAUGUUCACCUCCCACCUGUUCAACCUGGACCCCUCCCACCCCAGCUACAAGAAGACCAAGGCCACGGAGAGCAUCCAGGCCGAGAAGCACCGCCGGCGAGGGGAGAAGGAGGAAGAGGAGGAGGAGAGGAGGAAGAAGAAGGCCGAGGCCCCCGGGAAGCGGGACGCCGAGGACCCCCCGAAGACGUCGCUGGACCCCGGCCUGUCUCUGCUCGUCAAGUCCAUCAAGAGCAAGACGGAGCAGUUCCAGGCCCGGAAGAAGCCGAGGCUCGUGUAG